CGGGCACGGCCAUGGAUACCAUGGAUGCCAGAGCUCUCCGGCGUCGAGCAACGCUGCGAAUAUAUACGCCCCUCGCGGGAUGCUGAUCAGACUCUCAUUCUGAACGAAGAGUUUCACGCUAGACCAUAACCAUCUCAGUUCGAAGAGGGAGUGCCCAAUUCGCACCACUGAUCAGAGACCAGCAAUGGCUGCUUUUGAGGCUGUGAGCUCGUCGUUGCAGAUGUUCGAUCCGCCACCGGCCGGUGACAUAUUGUGGUACAAGGCGCAUGGGUUCCUCAUGUGGCUCUCCUUCAGCGUGCUCUUCCCUCUGGGCGUGAUGGGCGUCAGGUACAGCCGCAUCUGCAAGAAGCUCGAGUACUGGUUCCAGUACCACUGGCUGCUGCAGUCGACGGGAGUGCUGCUGUCGACCGUGGGCCUGAGCAUCGCCCUGCGCAGAUUCGAGAACUGCAAGAACACCACGCACGGAACGAUCGGGGUGGCUCUGGCCUUCAUCGUGCUCAUUCAGCCCGUCUUCGCCGUGUUCAGGCCCGCCCUGGGAGCACAGCUGCGGCCAUACUGGGCAUUCUCUCACUGGUUUUUGGGCACUGUGACAGUGGUUCUGGGAUGGGUGAACAUUUUCCAGGGUCUUGAUUUGUACUUCGUCGACUGGCCCGGAUCUGGCCCACAGACUCUUCUCUUCUGGGUGUUCUCGGCGCAGGUGUCGCUUUUGGUGUUCUGCUACUUGGUUAUGGUGAGAUGUCCUGAUUCCGAUUGCGAAUAUGACAAGACCAAGCUGUCCAAACCACUCCUCGAAAAGCACCAGUUCAUGGCCAAAGUGUAGGUUCCAUGCGCUGUGGUCCGGCUUCGGUGACGCCGCGUGAUGUCAUCAUGGUGCCACUUCCACAACCGCAGGCUGUUCGACGUCAAUUCCACGAUAUUUCUGUCAACUCGAGGCUUACGGAGGCCGCUGAAAUUCAGCGACUGCCAUUUCUUGUCACGAAUAAAACUGUGUACAUACUUGCUUAAACGGCCCUCAGGAGGACAAUUCUCGCUCGUGGGCUGGCGCGGAGUUUCUGGUAGUUUCACCAGAUGGAGGAAUUCAAGGGCUCGAUUUGGAGAUCCCUUUGAUUCUCUUAUGAGCGAAAAGAUUCAAAUCUUUCGAUAUGUAGAAGAUAGGCCUCAUCCUUUUUGGCACUUGAAGGUAAACAUUUUCUCAAGAUGCUCGCUCAGAUUGCUUGGCUUCGUGACUUGUAUUAUUGGCACAUCAUCUUUCAAAGAUGAGUCAGUGGUAAUAGUGAAAUUGUGAAAUUCCCUUUCCCUCUGUCGUCCAGCUUUCAAUUUUGGAGGAGCAUCCUUGCACACUUCUUCACCAGGAAAAUCUGGAGUGUCGUUGUUUCAACACCUCUCUCUCUCUCUCUCUCUUCUACUCAAGUCAUUCAGAUCAUUCCAUCUCUCCUCCGAAGUCGGUGCAACAUCCAAGAGCUUCAAUAUGACAGCACUAACCUGACAUCAACAGUUAUCCAAUCUGACGCCCGCGAGUGUACUUGCUCAUCACCGCAGACAGUUCUGUGCAGUAAAUUCUGCGCAAGACAGACUCGUGGGCCUAGUUCUCUAAAUGUGCGUCGUACACAUCCAACAACAGGCAGAUGCAGUCAAGCAAAUGAGAGCUCGGUAAAGAGUGAGCUUUGACCACUAAUGAAACCUGUUGAGAAAAAAGUCUUACAACUGACAAAAUAUUCACACCCAAAUGGCACUGCUUGAAGAAUUUGGAAUAUGAUGAAACAUGAACCUUGAAAACUUCCAUAUGCGCCGUUAAAGGUACAUUUUCACUUUGCUCACUGUCUGCGUGUGUAGUUGACUCGCGGGCAGUAGUAAGACCCAAUCCAUGUGAGUAAAUCUUUAUGUAGCUUCAUACAAAAAUUGCCAGUAACGCACAUACCACAAUCAAGAGUGCAACUGGUCAGUGUCUACUGUCUCGUCCAAUCUAUGACACUCUUGUUAUGUGUAUAUUUUCGGAGUUUUCUUCUCGAUCAGAAGAUCAGGCCAGCGAUUUUAUUCCCUUGAAACUGUAAAUCAGAACGCCAAGAAAAUCACACGCACCUAUCAGGUCAAAUCUGACAGGAGUUUACAUCUAGAUUGGUGGCGUAGAUGGGCGGAAAGCAUAAGAAAUGCUGCCGCAAACAAUGCUUGGGAUUGACAUUAUACUGAUUCUGAAUCUCAAGCAGACACGUUUGAAAUAACAACUACAGCUUUAUCAAAGAUCCAAGCUUUAUCCUAUUCUGUUUGAUAA